AUGAGACCUUUAACAGAAGAAGAGACUAAAGUAGUCUUUGAAAAACUUGCUACUUAUAUCGGAAGAAACAUCUCCUUCUUGAUUGAUAAUGAUAUCCCUCAUGUGUUCAGAUUACAAAAAGAUAGAGUUUAUUAUGUAUCAGAAACCAUAGCAAAUUUUGCAACUUCAGUAUCAAGAAAACAAUUAAUGUCAUUAGGUACUUGUUUUGGUAAAUUUACCAAGACUGGUAAGUUCAGAUUACAUAUUACUGCUUUACCAUACUUAUCACAAUAUGCUAAAUUCAAAGUUUGGAUCAAAGCUAAUGGGGAAAUGCCAUUCCUUUAUGGUAAUCAUAUCUUAAAAGCUCAUAUUGGUAGAAUGUCCGAAGAUAUACCUGAACAUGCUGGAGUUAUAGUUUAUUCAAUGAGUGAUAUUCCUUUAGGUUUUGGGGUUAGUGCCAAAUCAACAAAUGAAACAAAAAAUUUACAACCUACAAGUAUUGUAGCUUUUAGACAAGGUGAUAUUGGUGAAUAUUUAAGGGAAGAAGAUACUUUAUUUACAUAG